AUGAAUGCUGCCACUGGAGUCAUCACCACGGAUAUGGUCGUUCCCGACAAAUCGACUCUAGUAGUCGAGAAUAAUGAUGAUGCUUAUGAUGACCAGUCGGUAGAUGUCAAUAAACUUGAACCACCAUUACGAACCGCCUCAAUUGAUCAGCCCGAUCCUCGCGAUAUUCUCAAGGCUCCUGCUCCACAUGGCUAUCGCCCUCGUUCCGGCAGUCUUUCAUCUAUCAAAUACCUCUCCCACAAACGAAACGGAUCCGACUCCCACAUCGCAAUCAAUCGAAGCAAUAACAAUGGAUCCAAAGUAUCAGUGAAUGAAUACGAUCGUCAAAUCUCUACGAUGCAAACUAAGAUUAUCAAUCUCGAAAAAGAACUUCGUGAGACUCAGCUCAAUAGCAGUCGAUCAACUUCAAACUCUGCCCGGCUAGAAGAAUGUGAAGAAGAGAUCCUCCAUUGGAAACAGCAAUGCGAAGAACAAAAGCAUCAAAUCAAGACUCUACAAGCAAACCUACUGGACGAGAGAAAAUCCAAAUCACAAUCUGCUGAGCAAGAGAUCCAGCAGCUAAAACGACAAAUCUCCGAUCUCAAUCAACGCUUACAAUCACAUCAAACAAGACCCACAUCGGAUAGCAACAAUCGAUCGGAUGACUCGGUUGUUGAAAGACUCAAGUCCGAAGUAGUUGAGCUCAUUGACGAGUUGAGACAGAUGCACAGCCGACAAGAUCUACUUUUGGCCGAACAAGAUCGCUUUCAGGAGACCAUUCGAGAUUUAGAAAAUACUGUGGACCUUCAUAAAAGACGCUAUGAAGCUGCCAAGACCGAGCUACGCGAUCUGAAACGCUCAUCUACAAUUUAUGCGCCCAAGGAGUUCUUACCAAAUGAAAAGUUACCACUCACCCAAAAUGGUGCGAUCGUCGACAUCCACUUCACCUCCUUUACAGCCUCGAUAGACGAUUUAUUAAGGAGUGGGCGAUCGAAUGUGUCCAACGAGUUGAUCUCGGUCAUGAGGAGGGUGAUCGAUACGGUCUCGACAAUUGAUGAAGAUAUUCAACAAUUUGAACUUAAUCCGAACAUGUCUGGACGACUCAAUCUUGAGGAGCAGGAGUCACUAGAUACGAUGAAGACCCGGAUCAAUGCUACACUCAGUAACUUGAUCACUGCAUCCAAGAACCAUGUCGUCUCCCUUGGCUUGUCGCCCAUCAGUCUUCUAGAUGCAGCGGCUAGUCAUCUCAGCUUUAGUAUGGUCGAAUUGGUCCAGCUAGUCGGGAUGCGUCGGGCCACCGAGGCAGAGAUCGAGAUGAGUGAAACCUUGAAUGCCCAUUCCAAGUAUGAUGACGAUGAUUCACACCAGAAUGGUGGGGCUCAGACCACAGCCUCGAAGCCCCUCCGGCCAACAAACAAUGGGAUUUCUCCCAACCACACCCCCGGAAUUGGCUCGUUGGGACGUCGGAGUGAUGAUUCGCCGGCUCCCUUGAGAAUCAACAAGGACAGAGAUCGCGAUUUCCCUCGGAACCAAGGCGCGGGAGCGUCCCCUAAAGAGGAGCAUUCCGGUAAAAUGAAUGGAUUCCUUGGCCGAAGUCGAGGGCCUGGAGCCCUAGCGACCAACCUGAACCAACCGAGCUUGAAUGGCCGGAAUCUGAAUGAGAAAAGUCCUGGAGGGCUGGGCAGUCGGACCCAACUGAUCGCAAGCAAGUUUGAAGACCUUCGAUCGCCGAGCGGCUUUGAUGGGAGUAACGCCUCCGAUCUCAGAGACUCCGCAUCCGGCUCCUCUUCAACUAACCCCGAUAAAGUCUUCGACUCUCCUCCAAGGGCAGGCAUGCUUAACCGGGCCUUUCGCAACGUCCCCUCCGUCCCUAUGCGUCAUGAUUUCGAGGGACAAGGUUCUCGUAAUCCUUCUGACUCUAGAUCCGCUCGCACCGAAACUGCUAGAUCUAAUGAACAAUCAGUCGAGAUCACUGCUGAUUCCGAUGAAGACGUUUAUCUAGAAACACAAACCGAGUCGAUAGUGAGUUCGAUCCAAUCGCUUCUGACGACGAUCCGAGGGACAGCGCAGGCCUCGACGGCAGCGACGGACGAGAUGGACCGGAACCUGAACCAGAUCAUCAAGAUCGUCUCGGCCAUCGUCGACCGCUGUUCCUCCUCAACCUCCUCGGCCAGACCGACGGACGACAAGACCCAGCGGAUCCUCGCCGAACUGACCGAGAACUGUCAGAAGCUGAGUCAGAUGCAAGAUGGCGGAUUCCAUAAUCAUAACCAAGGUCAACAUGGAUUCUCUAAACAUGUCAAACAGGCUAUGGCCGCUGCUAGCUUCGGAGUCGCUAAAGCUCUCAAAGAAUUGAAUGCUCAUGUCUCUGGAGUAGGUGAAGAAUCCAUACUGUAA